AUGGGUAGAUAUGUAGUUGACAUUCUCUCUUCUAUUGCAAAUGUAGAAUACAUCCCUCACGAUCAAAAUACAAUCCUUCUAGUGCCUGAUACAUUCAUACCAAGCUCUGAAAUCGAAGCUCGGUUUGCGCCUUGUAAUGAUAUAGAUCAGGCACUAGCAGGAGGUGCUUUCAUCUUUAGGGUAGCUAAUGAGUUUCAAAGAGGUUUUCUUAUGGGUUUAAUCUUAGGACGCUGGCCAGAUGCAAAAUUAGUCACAUCGAGAUUAGACGUUUAUAAGAAAAUCUCUCCAAGAAUUUCAUUACAGAUGUACAAAGAAAACUUUUAUAAGCUUUACUACAAUGACUCCUGCGCGAGUACCGAAGCAUCUUCAGAGUAUCCUAAUAGCCCAAGAGAAGAGCUCAAAGCUCCAUUUUUCCAACCAAAGCCUCAACCACAACAAAUAUCCUUACAAGAAAAAUACCUUGACAAUCUCUACUAUGAAGUCCUUAACAAAUAUUAUGAAAAAUUCCUCAUCCAUGAAGAAAUUAGAGCAACCAAAAUAAGAUCAGCCAAAGCCCAGAUAAAAAACCUUUCAGACGGAGCCGUUAUUUCAGUAAAGCGAAAAGCCUUGCCAGGAUUUGCUGACUGUUUACCUGGAAGCAGUGAAUUAUCAGAUAUGGUCUACGAGGAUUUAAGGGAUCAUAAAAUAAUCCAAGAAAUUGGAAUGCAAGUAACCUAUGAUGAAACUUUAAUUGAGAUGUAUUUUGGAAGAGAUAAAAAAAAGGAAUUUAAGCCACGAUAUAAAGAAUCAAGAAACCAGCCUCUGCAACCUCCACAGCCUCCACAGUCUCCAAUCUUUUCAAUGGCUAUGGACAGGGAUAAAAUUAUUGAAACAGCAUUUAAAGAGAUUUGGAAAGAUAUUCUUAUAGAAGUAGAAGAAGUAAAGCCUAAUACAAUUGCUGCGCUUGCUUAUCUUAUUGUAGGCAGAUUUGAGAAGAAGCAUGAAGAAGAACCUGUGAAAUAUGACAUUAGCUUUAAAGAAGAUAUAAUUAAAAGGGCAAUAAAAAUGCUAUUCACAUGGGACAUAAUAUCCUUACAAAGUAAUAGUGAAAAGACUCAAGAUUCGGUAGCAGAAAACUAUAAACAAAAUCUGAGCGAAAGACUUUUACUAUAA